AUGGAAGCCCAAAAAGCGAUUGGCGAUGGCUCGAACAGACUUGCCCCAGAAACGAGGCUCAUUCUCACCGAGCUACAACAAUUGCGGCAAAUGAUGCUCAGUUUAUCGAAUGAGGUACGAGAUCUGCGAAAGGACAACAAUAAGAUCAAAGUACUCACCGCGAAUUGUUGUGCUAAUCAAAAAAACCUCUACUCACGAGUUGUUGACGAUAUGACCGAAUUGAAGAAGGCGCUCACCGUUGAUCAAGCCAACUUCAAUCAUUACAUCAGCAACGUAGUUCAAGAGGAACCCCUUCAAAAUUUUGAACAAAAUGGACCCGAAUACUCAAAUUUAUCUCCAGAAGCCGAUUUUCUGGUUCUCGAUCAUGAGCCAGAGAUGAAAAGGAUCAAAUUGGAGACUGAGCUUUUGGGAUCUGAGAGUCCUGAGCUCUUUGGCAAGCCUCCAAAUCCGAAGUUUGACUCGAAUAUGAUGACAAUAAGCCAGAUGCAGCCACAAGAAGCACCCUCAACGUCUCGAGGGCUUGAAAGAGAUACCACCGAAAUAGAUACCUAUGUUAAACAGAACCACAUUACGUCAGCUAACCUUGACUACUUUUCUAAAUUGGACCCGGCGAGAAUCGAAGAACUUCAAGGAAACCAAUCAUUUGUGGUAUCUCGAAUCGAUAAUCCCAAAGAAAAGUUAGACCUGGUACAUUCGAUGCUCAAAAUUGUACGAAAACAGCCGACAGCUAAACCGGCAAUUUUCUUCAGAAGAGUGAUUCGAUCCAUUCUAUAUCAGCUUGCUGGAUGUAAAGAACAUGUUUUCACACUGAUAGCCUGCGGUUCAAGGGUGGCAAAUCGUGGUCGAACAGGAACAACCGCAAAAACAGAAGAUCUCAUCUUCAUCCCCGAUUCGUUGGUAGAAAACGUUGCUGAAAUUUGCGUAUACAUGGUUGCUGAUCCUAAGGAGAAAGAAGAGGAUAUAUUUCGAUACAAUUGCAAAAUCAAAUUUGCUGAAGCCGAAAUUAUCAGGCUCUUCAAAAAUGUUGUAAAAGAUUGUCGACGAGGACGAUUUACAAAAUCUCUUGAAAACGACUUGGCCGCUGAUGAGUACGAAUCUUUUAAUCAGGGAGAAACCAGUUCAAAUGAAGCCAAUGACUACGAAGAAUCCGUCACUAUUGGAGGCGAAGAUGGUCUUCGGCUAAUUCUUCAA